AUGAGUUCCAAGCAACCGAGGGCCGCUUCCGGACGGCGCCUCUCAAAAGGCCCGUCUCAGGGCCAACCCAAAGGUCCUUCUCAGGGCCAUUCACGGGACGUUUCAGCGUCUGAAGCUAGCCGCGCACCGUCGGCGGCAAGCCUUCAUUGUGUGGACCAAGGGACGGGCUACUCUGACACCGAGUCCAUCAUGAGCGUGUCGGACUGUAGUUCGUUCCGCCGUGAGUCCAGGAAGCGAUUCCUGCGACAGAAGUCCGGGGGAUCUCUCGACACUACCAGGACAACCGCAAAACGGGCCAUAGUAGAGGCGGAUCUAGAGGAAAUGGUUGCCUCUAAGGAGAAGCUCGCCCGGACGACCAGAGCCAAGGCCGGCUACGGCGCAGCUACCGUCCGCUAUGCGGACCACUCCGUAGAGGAGAUGGAGCGCAUGGCUCUCGAGGACCAGGGGGAGAUUAUUGAGGUCGCCUCCAAGUCCUCAAAUCUAAAGGGGACCUUCCAGAAGGCCCUAAAAUGUCGGGCAGCCAGCCUAAUGGGCAUUGUUAAGGAGCUUUCGCAGCGCACUACGUCCAACGAGACGACGUUGCUGAAAGCGCGUUCUACUUACAACCAAAAGCUGGACGUGUCAGCAUCAGGAGACGAGAAAGAAAAUUUAACUGUGUUGGUUACUGCCAAUGCAUCUGGAGUUUUAGCUCCACCAAUGAUAGUAUACACUUACAAGCGUUUACCUGCUGUAAUCGCUAACAGUGUACUUAAAGAUUGA